GCGCGCGUGUACAUCCGAAAAAAGCGUCUAUAUAUAAUCAAUAUACCCGGGCUAAAAAUACCACCGAACCAGCGACCAACGCGCGCGUGUAUUGCCGCGCCCUCUACCGACCGUUCGAAGGCGUAUCGAAUUCUCAGCUCCCACAAACGCUACCAUCGAGCGUCGAUCGUCUAGCGUGGACCACAAGCGGGGAGCCGGCGCAGUACGACAGCGCAGGGUAGCAAUCACCUUCAGCGAAUCUCCGCUAGCCCGUCAUCUCGGCUGCUUCAUUCCGCGUGCGAGUUCUAGCCCAGCGAGACGCCCGUACGAAGGAAUCCUCCGUCACACAGACAGACAGACACAGACUCCUCGCAGAGAUGGCACCACAGUACCGUGAGAGGACGUUCAUUGCCGUGAAGCCUGACGGUGUGCACCGUCACAUCAUCGGCGACAUCAUCAAGCGCUUUGAACAGAAGGGCUUCAAACUCGUCGCCAUGAAGUUCACGCAAGCCGAUGACGCUCUUCUGCAGAAGCACUACUCGGCACUUUCCAAGAAGCCAUUCUUCCCAGAUCUCAUCAAGUACAUGUCAUCAGGCCCCGUGUGCGCCAUGGUAUGGGAAGGACUGAACGUGGUCAAGACGGGCAGAACCAUGCUCGGAGCAACGAAUCCCAUGGACUCGGCACCAGGCACCAUCAGAGGAGAUUUCUGUGUACAAGUCGGCAGGAACAUCUGCCACGGCAGCGAUUCGGUGGAGAGCGCCAACACCGAGGUGGCGCUGUGGUUCAAGCCCGCCGAGCUCGUUAACUGGGACCCGGUCGCCAAGCCGUGGGUCUACGAGGACGACUUCUAGACGACGACGACAUCGUACGGGUGGCGCCACCUGGAGACGGUCGCCAAGCCGUGGGUCCACGACGAUGACUUCUAGACGAUGACGUCAUCGUACGGGUGGCGCCACCUGGAGACGACCACGGGGAGAGAGAGAGAGAGAGGGAGAGGAGCAGUAGCGGUAGUAGGGAGAGAGGUUGCGGGCGGAUUAGUCCAUCACUUGCCGCGCGCACGCACCGCCCCCGGCCUGCACGAGCGGACUGUGCCGCCGGCGCACGGAUAAUUAAUUUACGUAGUGUACUAAUUAAGAUUCGUCAAGCAGGUAGAAAUGUUCAUAGGUAAUAGUUUGGCACGCCCCGUGCGUGAGAACAUGACUGCCAACGCCGCGUAGAUGCCGGAUUACUUAGAGCUAGCACGAACGCACGCCCAGCGUUCUCAACUAGACUUCACCGUUACGCUCUCAGAAUGAAGCGCUCAGAUAUCGACUUCGGUCGGACUAGGGCCGGAGAUCCCGUCAUACGUUUUUUUCGUCCCGCCCCACGAAAUUUUAACAGGUUUGGUUGAUGACUCAUGUUACCUGUAUCUCCCCUUCUACCCACCAACCGAGGAAUCGUGACGUCAGUAUUUUACGUGGUCACGCGGGGGAAUGACAUCUAGAGUAAGACAUCAUCACGCCAUAGAAUGAGAUUAAGAUACGAGUGUUGCGGCGGCGGUGCGCAAGCGCAGACGUUCGUAGUCAACGGUUGUAGUCGAGCACACACGCGUAGCAUUGACCAUUGUAUGACUCCGGAUGGAAUAGCAAUAAAACGAAUUCGUGCUCCGAAAAAAAAA